UAUUGUGAGGCCGAAUUGAGUUUGAGCGGCAGCCAUCAGGCCGCGCAGGCCGAUCGAUCAUCACGCAGCGUGCACGACAUCGUGUUUUCACAGUAAUCUCCACGGUGCAUCCCGUGCACGAUGUGCACCACCAGUAAAUGCACGAUCAUGACAAACCGUUGCCCUAAUUGUGUUUCGAUCCCAGAAUGUCAACUUCCCAGCGAUGUCUAGGUCGGCUUGAUUCAGACCCACAACUGGAAAAUUAGCAGAAAAAAAACACACACACACAUGUGCACCCAGUUGAUAUAAUCCGGUGGAAGUUGGUUUCACCGCAACCGAAGACGCCCCGCAGAAACUGAUCAGGUUGAAAUGAAAUGCGACUUUCAGCACCUACCGGUGCAGAAACACAGUAUGUCGACGAUGAGAGGGUGUGAUUUUACACUGCAGGUGCUAAACAAGUUGCCGUGGUGAAGUUGAGCAUGAGCAAAUUGUGGACCCAGUGGGUUUGUGGAAGCUCGCGCGUGGGUUUCGAUUUGUGUGCAGGAUUGUACUCUGUAUGGGCGAGACAUACGGUGAACGAAUCCGAUGGAUAUCAUGAGGCCAAAGCAGACUGUAGCGACCAAAGACCCGAGAUGGAUGAAGAAAUUGAAAGCCUCUCGGGAUCACACAAGAAGGCUGGCUGAUGGUGAUACUGACAGCGGCAGCCUUAAGGAAGACAAUAUUUCAAAAGAAACAUCUAAGAGUCUGCAGGAGAAUGAAGGGGAACUUAGCGAAGAUUUGUGUGCAAACACCAUCUUAUCAAAUCCUGACGAUGUGGGAGACGUGGUUUUAGAUUCUUUGGAGGUGGAGAAACCGGACGAGCUUUUUAGUCCGGAUCUUAACGGAUUAACCAAAGGCAGUUCAGUGCGAUGUCUUGAUGAUGGGCGUGUGGAGUCGGCGUUGGUAUCCAGAGAUGUCGAUUGCACUGGUUGCAAGAUGGGCAGUAAAUCAGGAGGUUAUUAUUGUACUGCAGGCUGCGGCAAGACCGACCUUUCCGCUUGGGAGGUUAUGGAACACCCACAUCUGGGAGUAGGGAUUUGUAGAGACUGCUGGGGAUUCCUCUUCAGCAGCCCUUUCACCAAGGGCGCGGAUGGGUCUGAGGAACAAUGCAGAUGGUGCGGCCAAGGUGGCAACAUCGUCCUUUGCGACAAAUGCGAUAAGGUGUUCUGCCAGAAAUGCAUUAUGCUCAACUACGGCCCGGUUGAUCUAAGUCAGAUACUCAACAGCAACUGGAGUUGCUUCUUUUGCAAUCCGCAGCCCCUUUGUGGUCUGGUCAAAGAGUUCAUAGAGUUCAAGAAAGCGGUGACCUCAAAUCAUAUUCCCGUAAAACGAAGAGCCACUUCUGUCAGAGGAAAACCGUUAUCCAGGGGCGUAAGGAACGUUCUGGACGACAGCGAGCUUACCAUCGCAGACUUGUUGGCUCAAGAAGAGGAGCGACGAAAGAAACAGAAUCCCGAUUGGGCUGCAACUCGGAACGUCCGUCCUAGAAAAAGAAAAGCUCCACUUAAUCUCAAACAAAUUGGCGAGAAAGGCAGCCUUGCAACUGAAACAAGACAGCGUAAGGACACUCUCACUCAAGUUCCUUCUGCACCGCAAUCAAGCCAGUCAAAGGUCUACAUACGACCUCAUCAGGUCAUAGAAAUGCGUCAAGUGGCAGCAGAGAGAAGAAAACGCGCUCAUGAAGAGGCUGAGAUUGAGCGUCGAAAGUGCAUCUCCAGUCCGGUAUUUAAUGGUCCUAAGGAAGAUAACGCAAACACACUUGCAAUCCCAAAACAGAAUCUCCUACCGCUGAAGUCAGAGUUUCCUUCAGAAGUUGUCGGCGACGGAAGCGAAAUGAAGAAGACGAUUAUCUUCCUCGAGAACAAGAAUGGGACUUCGGCCCCACAUGCAUACAUGUUCGGGAACAUCCCCAGAAACCUCUUCGCAAAUUUCUCUCAAGUUUACACGUAAAAGACCAAAUGAGGUAGCAGCCCCUAAACGCAACUGAGACAAGAUCACGCAGCAAUUUGUGCCCGAGCAAUGUGCUAGCUCUCCAAUAGCAAGUACAUAAGCUGAAUCGUGUUUGCCAGGAAUCGAGCAUCUAAUCGAGCCAAUCUAACAGCAAGAAAGUACCAUUAUGAGUGUUAUGAUUAUUAUUAUUAUUAUUAUUAUUAUCAUCGUUAGCUUGCAUAUACUUACACAGGAACUAAAUUACAUAUGAGGUUGAUGCAUGUUUUCGAGCAAGCUGGUGUUUCGAAGACAUGGUUGUGACCUUUGUAGGAACUAAAUUACAUAUGAAGUUGAUGCAUGUUUUCGAGGAAGCUGGUGUUUCGAAGACAUGGUUGUGACCUUUGUAGGGACGCAGUUCACGUUCAAGCGAACUAUACAGACAACGAAAGUAUAUUAACCUUUUCAUUUCUCCUUACCAAUGUAUGGAAGUGAGAAUGAGAGUUCAAACCCACUUCUCUUUUCGGUGUAA